CAGGGCGAGCGAGCUGAGCGGCUGCUUCUCUCUUGCGCCCCCAACAGGAACUAUGAGGUUCUUCAAGAGAGCGCAGCAGUUGCAAGCGACGCUGGAGACUUCGAAUUCGUCAACAGUGGAGUCGCAGUUGCCAAUGCCGGAGAACGAAAUGCACCAGCUGUCUCAGGAGGUGUCGAACCUGCGGGCCAACCUGGGCAGGGCACGAGCGCAUUUCAACACCCUGCGUCGUGCACUGAGCCAGAAGGAUAAGAGCCUCCACGAGAUGCUGCACCAACUAGAGAUCCACCGUGCUGAGGAGCUACGGGCGCACUCGCAGGCCAUCGACAGCCUGCAGGCGGAGUUGGAGGCAGCGCGGCGGGGUGAGCAGGAGGCCGAGGAGCGUUCCGUGCACGACGCCAAAGCCGCGUCAUCGGAGCUGGCAGAGUUCACGCUUAGGACUGAGCGGCUUCAGGAGCAGCUGAGACAUGAGCACGAGGAGACUCUGAAUCUGGCACGCAUGGAGCUGGCCGAAUAUCGUGCAUCGCACACGCACGCCGACUCAGAGUACGACGCUCACGUCGUGCACAUCGCGGUCCUGCAGAAGGAGCUGAAGGAGCGUGACGAGCUGCUGCGGCGCUCUGAGGCCGACCUGGUGGUGGCACAGGAAGUGGCACGAGAGCGUGGCACUGAAGCCGAGCGGCUGGGCGCCGAGGCCGCGGAGCUGAGUGUGACCAUGCGUGACCUCUAUGCCAACCAAGAGGUGCAGCAAACUGAGGUGGACACCCUGCGGGAUGAAGCGCUGGAGUUGCAGCAACGGCUGCAGGAGACCAACACUUGCUUCGAGGAGACCGCCAAUUCUCUGAAGCAACAGCAUGAGCGUGCGGAGCUGUCUCAGGCAGAUCUGGUGGCGAUGCAGGCACGGCUAGGCGAGCACAAGGUGGAGAGCGAGCGGAUGCUGCAGAAUGAGAAGCGCCGUGCCCAGGAAGAGCUCGACAACACCAGGGGCAAGAUGGAGUUCAUCAAGGCCGAGCUGGGAGUCUCCAGGGCAGAGGAGGCCACGACGGCACAGGAAGUGGUGCGGCUGCAGUACACAAUUCAUCACGCGGAUGCUGAGAUGAAUUUCAUGCGCGGCCAGAUCGACGGGCUGCAGCACCAGCUCAUUGAGAACAACAAUCAGACGGGAUCCCUGCAGGCGGGGAUUCUGGGCUACCAGCGCAUGGUGGCGGAGCUGCAUGCUGCGCUGGCGCCAUCCCACGAAAACUUGCAGAGCUUGCACGUACAGCUCCAGGAUCUGCAAGUGGUGCACCAGCAGAGCGAGGCGAAGCUCAUUGACAGGAAUUGGCAGCUGGAAUCUCUGCAGGCAGAGAUUCAGUGGUAUGAACGUGUGGUGGUGGAGCUGCACGCCGAGUUGGCGCCCUACCGCGACAACAGCCAGAGCACACACUCAGAGCAGCAGCGUCUGCAGAGCGAGGUGGAGCUUCCUACGGUUGAGGAAGAGGACAUCUCAAUCUGCUCACUGGAGCCCGGCGUUCAAGAAGCCUCCCAAGACCUGCCCCCCAAGGCCUCCAACACCCUCCGCGCCUCUCACAUUGACUAACACACACACAUAUCGACUGACAAACACACAUAUCGACUUACAAAUAUACAUCGACUCACACACAUGCAUGGACCUAAACACACAUGGACUUACACACACAUAUGGACUUACACACACACACACCGACUCACACACACACAUGGACUUACACACACAAUUUUAUACGGACUUAUACACACACAUAUCGACUAAGACACACACACGUGGACUACACACACACAUGGACCCCCGCACACACAUCGACUGACACACACACAGACUGACACACACACAUCGACUCACACACACACACUGCCCUACACACACAUACACAUAUGGACUCACACACACAGACAUCGACUUUAGAUACACACAAAGACAAAGAUCCCCCGUAUAGCCUUAACAGACUGUAGGGGUAAGUGCUGUUAGCGAGCACCUAUAAAGGCCGGAACGGCACACGAGGGGGUGGGUGGCCAGCACCACGCCCGACCGCCUUUGUCUCCCCAGUGGCGAUGUUUAUGCACCGCACCAGGUACUCAUUUCAGGCUGAGUCGACCUAGGGGAGGCCCAGGACUGGUUCAGAUAAUCGUCACUGGUGUUGGCCGUGAGCGGGAAUCGAACCCGGGUCGCCAGAUUCAUAGCGCAGCGAGCUAACUGCUACACUACCGCUCCCCACACAAAUAGACAAAUAUCCCCCGUGUAGCCUUAACAGACUGUAGGGGCAAGUGCUGUUAGCGAGCACCUAUGAAGGCAGGCACGGCACACGAGGGGUUGGGUGGCCAACACCACGCCUGGCCGCCUUUGUCUCCCUAGUGGCGAUGUUUACACACCGCACCAGGUACUCAUUUUAGGCUGAGUCGACCUAGGGGAGGCCAAGGACCGGUUCUGAUAACCGUCACCGGUGUUGGCCAUGAGCGGGAAUCGAACUCGGGUCGCCGGGUUCACAGCGCAGCGCGCUAACCACUACACUACCGCUCCCCACACACUCACACACACGUAAACGUACACACACACAUCGACUCGCACACAUAUGGACUCAUCACACACACAUACACAUCGACGUACACACAUAUCGACUGACACAUGUAAUAUUGCUCGCAGAGACGGCGUCUCUCUUCUGUUUGUUUAUUAUCAAAUAAAUAUCAACCAAUA